AUGCAGGCCGCACCCGCACCGGCCUCCGCCCCCUCCCGCUCACCCCUGACCUCACCCCCCUCGGCCGCCCCUCCCCGGCUACACAACCCCCGUCUGCCCGCGGACAAACCGGAUAUCUCUAUUCCGCAAGCGAGGCGGAUUGCUGUGGAUACGACGGGUGCUCAGAUUGUGCAGGAGGAAUCGGUCGCUACUCGGGACUCGAGAGGUAUCUACUUACCUCAUUACAUUGAGCCCGUCUCUCACAUAGCCAUCGACAUCGGAGGCUCCCUCGCCAAAGUCGUCUACUUUACCCGCUCCUCCGCUCCCAUCAUCCACACCCCACCCGCCACAACCCCAUCCUCGCCCUUCCUCCCUCCCUCGCAGUCCGUCUCCUCGCCCAAUGCAGCCGCAUCCACCUCGCGCCUUCCGGACGAGGACGACCCUUCUCUCUCCCCCUCCGCCGAAACUCGUCUUCCAACAGUAAACGGCGCCCUGAAGCCCCAAGCUCUCGUAGAAGACUACCUCUCCGUCCCCAAACGAUCCUCUGCCGCCUCGCACCGCUUCAACCACUCCGUCAGCUCCUCCUCCACAUCCGCUCCGGCCCCUCGGACCCGGGACCGCCGCUUCUCCUCGUCCCCCCAACUGCCCCAACCCCUCCCUGGCGGCCUCCUCAAUUUCGCCCGGUUCGAAACGGCCAACAUUGACGACCUCAUCCGGUGGCUCGCCGACCUCAUCCACACCUCGGCAGCCGCCAACCGCGUCUCGGUCGAGCGCAUGAAGUCCACCGUUAAAGUCAUGGUCACCGGCGGUGGGGCGUACAUGUACAAUGACCGCCUAGCCACCGAGUUGGGGGUGGAAGUGGUUAGAGAGGAAGAAAUGGAGAGUUUGAUACUGGGGCUGGGGUUUGUCGCGAGGAUUCCGGAGGAGGUUUUCUGGUUCUCGGAGGAGUUGGUUUGGAAGGUUAUCCAAGCCGGACCUCCGCCUACCCCCUCCCUCCCCCGCUGCCCCACCUCAGGCGCAACCAGAACUCGAAAGACCCUCCCCACGCCCCCUCAAUACUCCGUCACAUUCGCCACCCCCUCUUCCGACCCCUCGGAAGAACCCGAGCCCAACUUCCCCUGCCUCGUUGUCAAUAUCGGGAGUGGCGUGAGUAUCGUGCGGGUGGAUGAAGAUGGGGGGUUUGAGCGGGUGAGCGGGACGAGUUUGGGUGGGGGGACACUGUGGGGUCUGUUGAGUCUUUUGACGGAUGCGAGGAGCUUUGAUGAAAUGCUGCUCUUAUCGGAACAAGGCGAUAAUACCGAGGUCGACAUGCUCGUCGGGGACAUCUACGGCUCGGACUACUCCAAGAUUGGACUCAAGUCCAGUACGAUCGCUUCUACGUUCGGUAAAGUCUUCAAGAAGGGCCAAACUGCGGAUGAGCGGAAAAAGGGGAUAAGGCAGGAAGAUGUAGCGCGGAGUUUGCUUUAUGCUAUUAGUAACAACAUUGGGCAUGUUGCAUACAUGAACGCCGCGAAGUAUGGGCUUAACAAGGUGUUCUUCAGUGGCUGCUUCAUUCGAGGCCACGCAUCGACUAUCUCCACUCUGUCAUACGCUAUUCGUUUCUGGUCGAAAGGAACCAUGCGAGCGUGCUUCUUGCGGCAUGAGGGCUUCCUCGGAGCCAUCGGAGCGUGGAUCAAGAACGUCGAGCAGCUGGAAGAGACGGAUGGGCCGAACGGUAUGCAUACCGAGGGCGAUUCAGAUACUCCGGGAGGGGUCAAGCAGAGCAUAUAG